AUGGCGUACUCACAAGCGCACCGGCUUCCACUGCCGUCGGAUCCGUCGUCUUCAACGCGCAGCCGCAUAGACCAGGCAAACCUCUCAUUCGUCGUGGGUCAGAAGAAGCUCAGCCCCAACUUUGAGGCGUACAAGCUGGUUCAAGAUGACUCUUCCUCCUCCGGCACGGUGUCUUACGCCUUGCCCAGUCGACCACCCUCUCUCGCUGAGCUCUACAAGUCACGACAAGAUGGAAAAUCUACACGAGAUGGCAGCCUCUCGUUCACCGGUCUAGGCUACAAGCAGACCAAGGAGCGAGCGCUGCAUCAAGUCAUUGUCCCCGCUACGGGCCGGAGGAGCGCUGACGAGCCAUUCGCGGCGUACAUUGAUGCAAACGGCUUCGUCAUAGCGCUUGCUUACGAUCCGCAAGCAGACAAGGUCGCUGGACAUCCUGUCCACCGCCUUGCCAUAGACGAGCUCGCUGGAUCGCUGCCUUCACUAGCGUCCGUCUCACCAACACGGUGGCUAGCAUGCAGCGGGAGGACGGUGGUGCUCGUCGAGCUGCAAAGGGUCAAGCUCGCAAAUGGCGGUGCGGUAAGGUGGACAAGCGGCUCGGAAUUGCGCUGGAAGCUCCCUCAAGAAGGCACGAUCAAAGCAUGUCGAGUGCUCGAUGGCAAGAUCAGGCUGUUCCUACAGAGUAUCAAGCCAGUAAUUGCUUCGAAGGUCGGUCAGACCGAGGAGGACAUGAAGGGUCUCGGCUUCCAGAGAGACGCGAAAGCUCAGGCGGGGAGCUCGACAGGGGCGCAGUCAGGGCACAGCUCCACGGUGUUCGAAGUCCAGCUCGUAGAGCUCGAUUCAAAAGAAGGUGUCGCCGAAGCAUCAAUACCGGAUGCGAGGUCGCUCUGGGCGGUACAAGGCGAGGAGCCGAUCAUCAUAGCAAAGCUGGACGAGCAUGAGACGCUUCUCGGGGCCGAGGCACCCUUCACCGCUUCCAAAAGGCGAGCCGUCUCGACUGCAGUGGGAGCACAGUCACGGCAAGUCACGUUAGCCUCUGCUUCCGCGACAGCUUCUCAGCCCACGACGGCUUCUAGAGGCAGACGUAGAGCUCCACACUUCUCCUGGGCGCAGACCGGCGACACUGUCACGAUCGCUUUCGCGCUUCCCUCGUGGAUCACAAAGGCCCAUAUCAGAGCCCAUUUCUCCCUCGGCGCGCUCAGCUUGUCGUUCACCCAAGAGGCCCUCGACCUUCUCAGCACCCAUAGUACUUCAGCCAAGAUAACGGAGCUAGACAACAGCACAACCUCAGCGAGCGACGCCGUCGACGACGAUCACACGCACGCAGCAAAACUGAUUGCAUCAGGGCGGUAUGUCUCGAGAUCGACGUGGGCAGAGAUCGAUCCAACAGGGAGCUUAUGGACGCUCGAGAGGGCCCGAGGGUUGAGCUUGCUGACGCUGCAUCUGGAGAAGAGGCAUGAAGGUACGCGGUGGAUGCAGGUCUUUGCGGACCGUACGGGCACUCGCUCCAAUGGUCAAGGUCGCAAGCAGGCAACGUCGCAGAGCCAGACGCAGCUCAGCUUUGCACAAGCACGGUCUGCUCUGGAACAUGCUGUCAGCGGCGGUACAGGCGGAGAUGAGGAGGAAGAGAUCGAUGACGACGACGAAGCGGAAGACAACGAAGACGAUGUGCCCGAGACGAUGGAUCCUUCGGAGCUGAUCAGCAUGCUCGAAGGCAUGGAGAAGUACACGGUUGACGAGGACUCUGUUCAACGCGGCAGCGACUUUGGCGUAGACCGCACAGGUCUCAGCUCAGCAUCUCUCGACCAGCCUAGCCUGCUCAAGGACAAUCUCGAGGAAGAAGAUGCCAAUGUCGGACGCAACUUUGUCCUCUCCAGCGUCCCUACCCGGGACGGCACCACUGUCAACAGCUCGAAGGAAGGAGAGACGAUCCUCUUGGCCACACCCCUGCCCGGUCACAACGAACAGGGCCUGAUCGUCAUCAAGCAUGAUCUUGACGGUGCCGUCUUCUCCUCUGCAGCUUCGUCUUGGGACCACGUCGCAACGAUGCCAGCGCUGGCCUUCGUAUUGGCGUCCAAGAGGGAUGCGCAACGAGUGCACAUUCACAAACGCACCAGCGAAGCUGGCCAGGAGGACCGGUAUGUGGUGCUCGCCUUCGAGAGCGCGCCUCAGGUCACAGGCUCUGGCAGCACAGCAGCGGCGAGUGGAGCCGGCAACCUUUUCCUCUACUACUCGCCCUCCUCACCAGACACGAAGAACGCCGCGUCGAGGGUGGUGCGGCUAGGAGCUUCCGAUAGCAACGACGCAGGAGGCGGUGCCAGCGGGGCACUUCUCGGCGUGUGUAGCGCUCGCCUUCCUCGGUCCGGUGGCAGCGAAGGUGAAGAGCAGCUGGAAGACACGCUCAUCUGCCUUUGCGAGAACCGCAUCUUGCUGCUUCGCGGCGUUCUAUAG